AUGCCUUCCAUCGAACCCAAGAAUGAAGCUCGCCUGCUUCUAGUCUCGAACCGUCUGCCGAUCACCAUCAAGCGGUCCGAUGAUGGGAAAUAUGAUUUCUCAAUGUCUUCAGGAGGUCUGGUCAGUGGUCUGAGUGGACUUUCAAAGUCAACCACCUUCCAGUGGUACGGCUGGCCCGGUCUGGAGGUUCCCGAAGCCGAGAUCCCCGUCGUGAAGCAGCGCCUCAAGGAAGAAUACGGCGCUGUACCGGUCUUCAUUGACGAUGACCUGGCAGAUCGACACUACAAUGGGUUCUCCAACUCCAUCCUCUGGCCUCUGUUCCAUUACCACCCUGGCGAGAUCACUUUUGACGAAUCCGCCUGGGAAGCUUACAAGGAAGCGAACCGUCUUUUCGCAAAGGCUAUCUGCAAGGAAGUACAGGAUGGCGACCUGAUUUGGGUUCACGACUACCACCUGAUGCUGCUUCCGGAGAUGCUCCGCGAGGAAAUCGGCAGUACCAAGAAGAACGUGAAGAUCGGUUUCUUCUUACAUACACCGUUCCCUAGCAGCGAGAUCUAUCGAAUUCUUCCUGUGCGGAAUGAACUGCUCUUGGGUGUCCUGCAUUGCGACCUGAUUGGCUUCCACACUUAUGAUUACACGCGCCAUUUCCUGAGCAGUUGCUCGCGUCUACUGGGUCUUGCAACUACGCCCAAUGGCAUUGAGUUCCAGGGCAAGAUUAUCACAUGCGGAGCUUUCCCCAUUGGUAUUGAUCCUGAGAAGUUCAAGGAAGGGUUGAAGAAGGAGAAGGUCCAGAAGCGCAUUGCCAUGCUAGAGCAGAAGUUCCAGGGUGUGAAGCUGAUGGUCGGCGUCGACCGUCUUGAUUACAUCAAGGGCGUGCCCCAGAAGUUGCACGCGCUCGAAGUGUUCCUCAGCGACCACCCAGAAUGGGUUGGGAAGGUCGUGCUUGUGCAAGUUGCCGUCCCCAGUCGACAGGAUGUCGAGGAGUACCAGAAUUUGAGGGCCGUGGUGAACGAGCUGGUAGGUCGGAUUAAUGGAAAGUUCGGUACGGUCGAGUUCCAGCCUAUUCACUUCCUGCACAAGUCCGUCAACUUCGACGAACUCAUUGCUCUCUACGCCGUAUCGGAUGCCUGCAUUGUCUCAUCUACCCGUGACGGUAUGAACCUAGUGGCCUACGAGUACAUCGCUACCCAACAGAAGCGCCACGGUGUUCUGGUGCUUUCCGAAUUCGCCGGGGCGGCUCAGAGUCUGAACGGCAGCAUUAUCGUGAACCCCUGGAACACGGAAGAACUGGCAGGCGCCUACCAAGAAGCGGUGACCAUGAGCGAUGAACAGCGGGCGCUCAAUUUUGCUAAGCUGGACAGAUACGUGUCCAAGUACACCAGCGCAUUCUGGGGCCAAUCCUUCGUCACUGAACUCACCCGGAUAUCAGCUCACUCUGUCGAUAAGUUCCAAGCCAAGAAAUUGGCGGAAGCAGAUUCAAACGAAGGCGAUGUGCCACCUACGACACAAGACGCUGCAAACAUGCUUCCCCGAGAAAUUCUCGAAAUCCUCAACUGCAAACACCGCAAGCUCGCAACCAUUUGGGCGCCCAAGACCACCGGCACAGAAACACAAGCGCCCUCCCGACUGCGCAACUACGCCUCCGCCCUGAAAACCGGCACCGUAGUCUCCGUCGGCCGCAUGGACCGCACCGUGCGCGUCUGCCACCGCCACACAUCCUGGGACCGACACAUCCGCAAGUUCUACCCGCAGGAAACGCACUACCUAGUGUCAGACCCGCGCAACUCCCUCCGCGAAGGCGACAUAAUCGAGUUCUCCUCCGGCGCGCCCAAGAGCCGAAACGUGCACCACGUCGUCGAGCGCAUCAUCACGCCCUUCGGCGAGGCUAUUGCCGACCGUCCCGCUGUGUUGUCGAAGGAGGAGCGCGAGGCGGAGCGUGAGAAGCGCUGGGCGGCUAAGUAUCUGCGUCGUGAAUCGAAACGACUUGGUCGUCAGCUGGAUCUUGUGGAGGAGGCGGCUAAGGCGGGUGUUCCUGUGCCGGAGGGGGAGGUGCUUUCUACUGCGCAGUUGAUUCAUCGGAUUCAUGCGGAGAAUGAGCGCGUCGGGAAGGUUAAGAGGAUUGUGCAGGAGAGAGUCGCGGAGGAUGAGAGGGUGCAGGAGAGUCAAGAGGCUAAGCGCUGA